CACCAACACCAACCCCAAGGUCUAAAAGAGAAGAACACACAAAAAACAAAAGAACAACAACAACAACACACCAGUUUAACAAUAGAAUAUGUACAUUCCAUCCACAAAAGCCCCUCUAUUUCUAAUGGCCUCGAUAGCCCGACAUCCUUCGUCGAUGCUUGCCGCCCCUUCCACGAAACUGAUGAUGUCUACAAGCGCUGCAGCUCAACCACAACCGGCAGUUUUCCCAUUCUGGCUUCGUCUCAAGGGUAUGGCCCAGUUUGAGGAUCGACAACGUGUCACUUCCGAGGUCGCUGACAGCAUUUCGUCCUCGGGGGGAUUUCUAUCACGCGCCAACAUACUCUCAGAUAUGGUCACCGUCAUGACCAUGGAAGAUGUCGAGCCAGACAGAAUUGGAAGAUUCCAGCAACGGAUGGGGGAUGUGGAAGGAUUUCGUCUGGACGACGAGUCCACAGCAUUGUUGGACAGCUGCCAAUUGCUUCUACGAGAGAAGGAAGAUAUCAAGAUCCCACCGUCCGUCUUUGCCAAUCUCCAAAUAUCAUGGUUGAAUGCCCCAGGAAACCUGCGACAAGAGAUUGUCGCUGAUGGGUAAAUGCGGCAAUCGUUGAUCUUGGGAAGUUUGAUACAGUAAUUCGCUUUUAGCAGAAAUGAAACACUUUUUGCUGCAGCAGAGACAGUCCUUGGACUACCGUACCGUACGGUAGGCAACGACAUCAGUGGAGACUGCCACUCCUGCAAUACAUGUUAGCUGCGAAACCGUGAAUACCAGUAGAGUGUCUGUAUUCAACAUAUCAUUGGCCUGUUGAUCUAUGUGACUCAAUCAGAAUAAUGGCAACCCGCAACCGCACAAUCCUUAAUGAAGUGAGCAAGGCACUGUCCACACCGUUUCAUUUCUCACCUACCACAUAUCGAAUCGAUCGUGGAUCAAAGCUGGGCAAGGAAUUGGAUUGUUUCAUUGCAUUCUUUCUUUGCUGCUCAAUAAGGGGCAAUCACAACCACAAAGCUUGCACCGCCUUUGAAUGGAACAUCACUGUGAAAGAAGCGAGUAGAACGUGCCACGGGAGUGAGGACGAGUAACAAAGGGUUAUAGAGCUGCUUCAAUUGGUGAUCGACAAAUAAAUGCAUAACGUUAGUUGAGAUUAAAGAACUAGUAAAAUUCCUGGUCCCUCUCUCC